UUUUCCGUCCGUUGGAGGCAUUUUAUUUUCAAUGAAGGUGUGCGGUCUGAAACAAAUGCAGUAUCAUAUUAUAUAAUUUAUGAACCACAACAACUUCCAAGCGGGGUAGGUUUGUGACAAUCCAUCCGACCCUUACCAACCCACCAUCCGAACUAAAUCUGCUAUCGUCUUCACCAACCCAUCUCUCUGUUUUUCCUUUGAAAUCCACCCAAAACUUUGCCUUUGGAGAUCAAAGGCGUACUACACGAGCUGUGCUCUGUUUCAAAGCCUUCUAAUAGAUAAAGGGCCUUAGUAGUCUUGACCUCCUUGGAGCAAUGGGUGGAGAACGCAAGGUUUACACUCUAGCUGAGGUUUCUGAGCACAACGACCCCAAAGAUUGCUGGCUUGUCAUUGAUGGCAAGGUAUUUAAUGUGACAAAAUUCUUGGAGGAUCAUCCUGGUGGUGACGACGUCUUGUUGUCGGCAACAGGAAAGGAUGCAACUGAUGAUUUUGAGGAUGUUGGCCACAGUAGCAGUGCAAGAGCAAUGAUGGACGAGUUCUAUGUAGGAGAUAUUGAUUCGUCAAGCAUACCCUCCAAGGUCAAGUACACUCCUCCCAAACAGCCUCACUACAAUCAGGAUAAGACGCCAGAGUUCCUAAUCAAGCUACUCCAGUUUCUGGUUCCCCUUCUAAUCUUGGGUUUGGCAGUCGGCCUUCGCUUCUAUGCCAAGUCCACAUAAUUUUUACCACAAGGGAAAUUUAGAAUGAAAUUUACAAUAAGUUUGUAAGGGCUGUGUAUGAGCCCUUUUUAUUUGUGUUUGGAACGGUUAAUAUUAAGGCAAUGGUGUUUGACUGCUUUCUGGCAAUGCCAAUGACUACGUGUUUGUUUUCCA